AUGGAAGUCGGCCUUGCGCUUGCGGAGGGGUGUCGGCACCGUCACUUUGGUUCUGGCAGUGGCGGGGGUGUGGUGCUGCUAGUUGUGUUCCUCCGCACCGAAUUUAUGAGUGUGCCCCUGGAGCCCCUGCCGCGGACAAAAUCGGCACCAUCACUUUGGGAUAGGGAGGCUAGAAGGAGGUGGGUGUUACUAGUAGUGUUCCUCCGCCUGGACGUGUGCGUGUGCGCUUGUGCGGCCGCGGGGUGGGCUCACCUGCCGCCUGUUAAUGCUCCUAGCCCUUGGCCCCUCCCGGGCCGCAGUACUCCUCGUGUGACACGGACAUCAUUAAGCCAGCUGAGAAUCGUGCGGUUACAGCUGCUGCAGUUUCUUUGCAGAAGAAAUGAGUUGGUGCCCUACAACCUUCUAAGGAGUCCCAAAAACUUGGAAUCCAGUUGUGUGACCAAAAAGUUAUCUCCAGAAAAGGAAAUUUAUGAAAUGGAAUCACUCCAGUGGGAGAAUAUGGGGAAACUUACCAACCAUCACCUUCAAUACAAUGGUCUUGGAGACAAUAUGGAGUGCAAAGGCAACUUAGAGGGUCAAGAAGCAAGUCAGGAAGGGCUUUACAUGUGUGUCAAAAUUACCUGUGAAGAAAAGGCCACUGAAAGUCAUUCAACCUCUUCUACUUUUCAUCGGAUAAUUCCUACCAAGGAAAAAUUGUACAAAUGUAAGGAAUGUAGACAAGGUUUCAGCUACCUGUCAUGCCUUAUUCAACAUGAGAAAAAUCAUAAUAUAGAAAAGUGCUCUGAAGUUAAGAAACACAGGAAUACCUUUAGCAAAAAGCCAAGCUAUAUUCAACAUCAGAGAAUUCAGACUGGUGAGAAACCUUAUGAGUGUAUGGAAUGUGGAAAGGCCUUUGGUCGUACUUCUGAUCUCAUUCAACAUCAGAAAAUUCAUACUAAUGAAAAACCUUAUCAGUGUAAUGCAUGUGGGAAAGCUUUUAUUCGUGGUUCACAGCUCACUGAACAUCAGAGAGUUCAUACAGGAGAGAAACCAUAUGAAUGUAAGAAAUGUGGAAAAGCCUUUAGUUAUUGUUCACAAUAUACUCUUCAUCAGAGAAUUCAUAGUGGUGAAAAACCCUAUGAAUGUAAGGAUUGUGGGAAGGCCUUUAUUCUUGGCUCUCAACUUACUUACCAUCAGAGAAUUCAUAGUGGUGAGAAACCUUAUGAGUGUAAGGAAUGUGGAAAGGCCUUUAUUCUUGGUUCACACCUUACAUACCAUCAGAGAGUUCAUACUGGUGAAAAGCCUUACAUAUGUAAAGAAUGUGGGAAAGCCUUUUUAUGUGCCUCCCAACUGAAUGAACACCAGAGAAUUCAUACAGGAGAGAAACCCUAUGAAUGUAAAGAAUGCAGGAAGGCCUUUUUUCGUGGCUCACAACUUACUUACCACCUGAGAGUUCAUUCAGGUGAGAGACCUUAUAAAUGCAAAGAAUGUGGGAAAGCCUUUAUUUCUAAUUCUAAUCUAAUUCAACAUCAAAGAAUUCAUACCGGAGAGAAGCCCUACAAAUGUAAGGAAUGUGGAAAGGCCUUUAUUUGUGGCAAACAACUUAGUGAACAUCAGAGAAUUCAUACAGGUGAGAAACCCUUUGAAUGUAAGGAAUGUGGAAAGGCCUUUAUUCGUGUUGCAUAUCUUACUCAACAUGAGAAAAUUCAUGGUGAGAAACAUUAUGAAUGUAAGGAAUGUGGGAAGACCUUUGUACGUGCUACACAACUUACAUAUCAUCAAAGAAUUCAUACAGGUGAAAAGCCCUACAAAUGUAAGGAAUGUGACAAGGCCUUUAUUUAUGGCUCACAACUUAGUGAACAUCAGAGAAUUCACAGAGGUGAAAAACCUUAUGAAUGUAAACGGUGUGGGAAGGCUUUUAUUCGUGGCUCACACCUUACUGAACAUCUGAGAACUCAUACUGGAGAGAAACCCUAUGAAUGUAAGGAAUGUGGGAGGGCCUUUAGUCGUGGCUCAGAACUUACUCUACAUCAAAGGAUCCAUACUGGUGAGAAACCCUAUACAUGUGUCCAGUGUGGUAAAGACUUUAGACGUCCUUCACAACUUACUCAACAUACAAGGCUUCAUAAUUGAGAAAGCCUUGAAUGUGAUUAAGUUUAAGAAAAUCUUCAUCAUCUAUUUCAUAUCUAUAAUGAAUGUAGGACAUCUUGCUUCUGCUCAGAAUCUGCUCAUUCUUAGAAGGCCUACAUUAACAUGGAUGCAGAAUAAUUUCAGAAACCCCUUAAAUAAUUCCUUAACAUCUCUACAGACGCUAGAAUAUAAUGCUGAAUUAUAUCCUUUAUUAAGCAUCAUCUCCAUUUCACCAUAUCCUAACUGAAAUCCUAUAUAUUUCUUGUGUGUUCUUUUCUAUUUGUAAAAUACUGUAAUUGUAUUACAAUGACUAAAUUAUAAUUAAAUACAUAUAAUUCCCUUUCGAUAGUAUCUGAUAUUUGUUGUUAAAAUGAUUGCCAUUAUCAUCAUUACAUACUGUUAGAGAACUCAAAUGGUGGGACUAUUUUAUGAUUACAGUAAAAAGAUGCAACCAUUCUCUUAUCAUGUAGCCCCUUUAGAACAACAGAUACUUUAUUUUAGAACAAAACCUUUAGUAAAGGUAUGAAGGACUUCUGAGCAUCAGAUAAUCCAUACCAGGAAGAAACUUUCAAAAAUUGCUUUAGGGCUGUUGUUUUUUGUUGUUUUGUUUUUUAAGAAAGUGAAAGAUUAUUUUUCUACAACAAAUUCCAAAAGCAAAAGUUUU